CCACAGCUUCUUCUGAUCAAAAGGGGCAGCAGAGAGAGUCUUGGCUUCCUUCUUCUCCUUCUUACUGUUUUCUUCUCAAGAGUAAUCAGGAAAGCAAAAUUUUCAGAUAACUAUGGGAUCUUCAGCUACUCCAGGCUGAGCUUGUUUCUUCGAGUCUCCGAUCUCUGCUAGUUCUUUUCAAGUGUUCUCAUCAAUCUCGCUGAGAUUUGUGUACUACUGAAGUCGAAUAAGAUCCGAAGCUGUGUCUGUAUUAGCUUCUAAGGAAUAGUGAUGGAGACUAAUUCGUCUGGAGAAGAUCUGCUUGUUAAGACGAGGAAGCCAUAUACGAUAACAAAGCAACGGGAACGAUGGACUGAGGAAGAACAUAACCGAUUCCUUGAUGCCUUGAGGCUUUAUGGUAGAGCCUGGCAGAAGAUCGAAGAACACGUGGCAACGAAAACUGCUGUGCAGAUUAGAAGCCAUGCUCAGAAAUUUUUCUCCAAGGUAGAGAAAGAGGCUGAAGCUAAAGGUGUACCAGUGGCUCAAGCACUAGACAUAGCUAUCCCUCCUCCACGCCCUAAACGUAAACCUAACAAUCCUUAUCCUCGAAAGACCGGAUCUGCAUCUCUCCCCAUCUCAAAACCUGGUCUCAAUGAUGGUAAAGACUCCCCUGGAUCAGCAAAUGUUUCGCUUCCUCAGAUGGAAAAUGAAUAUCCGCAGGAAGACAACUGUUCAGAUUGUCUCACUCAUCAACACCUCUCUGCUGCAUCUUCCAUAAAGACAUCAAAAGCGAGCACUUUCAGGGAGUUCUUACCUUCACGAGAAGAGGAACAGGGGAAUAACAACAAGGAGUCAAACUCAGCCAAUUACAGUGAAAAUAUAGAAGCAGGAGGACCACCUCAGACUUAUCCAAGCCAUAUCCCUAUGCUACUUCCACUUGGGAGCUCCAUAACAACCUCUCUGUCACAUGCUCCUUCUGAGCCAGACGAGACUAGUCAUCAUCAUCAUCCCCACACUGUUGCAGGCAAUGAUCAUCAUCAGUCGUUUCCUGACCAUAUUAUGUCAAGCCUUUUACAGACACCAGCUCUAUAUACAGCUGCAACUUUCGCCUCAACGUUUUGGCCUCCUAGUACUGGUGGUGGUGGUGGUGGUGGUGGCACACAAGGGAAUCUGGCUGCCAUGGCUGCAGCCACUGUUGCAGCUGCAAGUGCUUGGUGGGCUGCCAAUGGACUGCUACCUCUCUGUGCUCCUCCUUUUAGUUCAGGUGGUUUGACCUGUCACCCUCCAGCUACUACUUAUGGACCUUCUUCCGGUGAAGUAAACGUCACAAAGACAAUGGAUCAAGAGCACUCCGAGGCGUCAAAGGCUAGAUCUUCAUUGGAAUCAGAGGAGACUAAAAAUGGGGGGAGUAAACCAGAUUGUCAUGAGAAUCAUCAUCCUUGUGCAGCAGCAGCAGCAACUGAGACUGAUGCGAAAGGAUCAGAUGGAGCGAGAGAUAGAAAACAAGUUGACAGGUCUUCGUGUGGCUCAAACACUCCCUCGAGUAGUGAUGAUGUUGAGGCAGAUGCUUUGGAGAGGCAAGAGAAUGAUGGCACCACCAAUGAUGAAGUGAAAGAAGUGAAUGCAGACACUACUAACAAUCCACAAACGUCAGAGUCCAAUGCACGUCGCGGUAGAGUCAGCUCUAACUUAGCUGAUCCAUGGAAGUCUGUAUCAGAUGAGGGUCGAAUCGCUUUUCGAGCUCUCUUUGCAAGAGAAGUAUUGCCACAGAGUUUCUCAUAUCAGAGAGAAAACAGAGAGGAUGGCCAACAACAAAGAUAUCCAAUGGAGCUUGAUCUUAACUCAACAGCUGAACUAACUCCAGCUGAUGAUGAAGAAGAGAACAGAAACAUAGCGUUUUUGGGUGCUUCAAAGCUAAGCAGAGGAAGAACAGGUUUCAAACCUUACAAAAGAUGCUCAAUGGAAGCCAAAGAGAGUAGUAGAGUCAUCAACACCAACCCUAUCACCAUCCAUGUUGAACAGAAAGAUCCCAAGCGGAUACGGUUGGAAACACAAACUUCAACAUGAAAAAAAAGUUGUAACUCUCUUGUGUGCUUUGUUCUCUUGUUUCAAAUUCAAACUGAUACAUUUUCAUCUUGUCUUUGAGGGCUUUUGUAUUUUGUCCACACACACACUUCCCCAUGUCCAUAGUGUUCCUGUAACGUUUGACUCUGUAGUUCUGUAUUAUCAAACAAAUCAUAAACUGUUUAAUUUCUC